UUAAGAGUUAAUCACACUAGCAGGUUCGAGUCACCUAUAAAUAGUCUGGUCAAAAUGUAUAGAAUUUAUUGCUCGGACAACAGCGACAUAACUAUCCUUCAGACAUGCUAUUUUGGAAUUAUUUAGUAUUUCUUCUUAUAGUCGCAGGAUGGACUCGGGCACAUCAAGAGCUUGUAUGGUUAGAGGACUUGAACAGCCUACAUGACCUUAGAGAAUUAGAAACAGCAUUGCCAAGCAUGUUACAUUUCAACAUCAAACGAUUGAGUGGCGAGAACAUCAAGUUACACCUUCAAGAAAACAAACGCUUGAACGCCAACGCCCCUGUCUAUGUUGGUGGGUCACUGAAUGGUAAACAUACAGCAAUGGAGGCAGAUGUCCCACUUAUCUCUGGUACGAAGUUUUAUCAAGACAGAAGUUUAGGAGCAGCUGUUAAGGUUUCAUGUGCCGAUAUUCCAGAUGAAGCCUGCAAGAGGGUUGUGGAAGGCAGUGUUUACAUUGAUGGAGACAAUUAUGACAUCAAACCUUCUUCCAUCGCAUACAAUCUACGUUCAAUGGGAAACGAGAAAAACAUGCUGCAUAUCUUACGGAGAAUUGAAGCACCCAAAAUGUUUGAGAAAAAUGGGAACUUGCGAGGGCUAUAUGGCGCUGACUUCAAAUACAUUCCUGAUGAAGAAACAGAAGGUGCCUCUAGCCAUGAUCAUAAACAGAUUCCUGGUAAGCCAAACAGGAGAGGUUUCUAUGAAGAUGAUGACACUCUACUUCCAAGAAGGCCAAAUGUUCCUCUACAAUAUGAUGAGGAGUUACGAUCUUUACUCCAUGAUGCGGAAAUAGAAGACCAGAUCAAAGAACUGUAUGAACAUGAAAACAGGCAGAAAAGGGCAGAGGCAGAGGGAAGAUUAUACGCUGUUGAAAUCGUCCUUGUGGUGGAUUCAAGUCUUUGGGAUAAAUACUAUGCAAAAGUAGAAGCCAACAACAGGAUGAACAAGGACACUGCCACCAUGUAUUUUCUUCGAGAACGUCUCGCUCACAUCAUAAACGGUGUAAGUUUGAGAUAUGAAGAAAUUGAAGAUCCGGCUAUGAAUGUGUAUGUGACCAUUUCACAAUUUCUUAUUUAUAAGAGUAGAAAUGCAUCAAAUCCACUGUCACCAAAUGUGGAAACACCAUCGAGGGAUGGGACAAUAUAUGCUGAUAGUGACGUGUAUAUUGAUGGUCUUGUUCAGUGGGUAAAAACGGCACCAGUAAACGAACAUGAUGACCAUGUAAUGGUUAUAACUGGAUAUGAGCUGUACUAUGACAAUAACAUAAACAAUAAUGGUGUGGCGGGCGUGGCCUAUGUGGGAGGUGCUUGUGGGUCGUACAGAGUUUCUGUACAACAGGAUGAUGAUUACUUUGUCGUAACAUCUGUGGCAGCCCAUGAGCUAGGACAUAAUCUUGGAGCUGAUCACGAUGGUUCAGGAUCAAGUUCUGACUGUAAACCACGGGAAAAGUUCAUCAUGGCUCCGUUUAUAACAACAUUCAGAACGGGUGAACCAUACUCUGUUAAUCCAUGGCGCUUUUCACAAUGCUCAAUUGAUGCAUUCAAAAAGUUUUUCGGCAGUGUACGAUGCUUUUUGGACCAUGGUGACUAUUAUGACAAGAAUGAAUGGGAUGAGCACAAUAAGCGGUUACCUGGUGAAAGAUUUACACUCGACGAGCAAUGCAAACUUAUUAGGGGAGAUAACUCAAGAUUUUGUAGACAAGCAGGCCAGGAGUCAAACGAAGAAAUAUGUCGUGUAAUGAAGUGCUUACAGCCAGGUGCUAAUUAUUGUCAUUUUCAUGCUGCAGCUCGGGGAACCCCAUGUGGUAAAUCUGGACUAAAUAAGUGGUGUAUCGAUGGCAAGUGUGUGGAAAGAGAAAGUAUUGCAACAACAAGGAGGCCAGUUGCCACAACCAAAUCCCAGCGCACCACAACACAAUCCCGGGAAACCACAUCACAAUCCCGGGAAACCACAUCACAAUCCCGGGAAACCACAUCACAAUCCCGGGAAACCACAUCACAAUGGUCAGAAUCCACAUCAGAAGAGCCGAGUACCACAACAGAGAGUACCACAUACUCCACAGAGACUACUACUGGUUCCUGUAUUGAUAGUGGCUGGCAUGGCUGGUCUUGCCAGAGGCUUUCACGCUUUUUCCUCAAAUCAUAUAAAUAUGAACCAAGUAUCUGGUGCAGGGAUAAAUAUUGGGCACAUAUUUGCUGUGCUUUAUGUUAUGCAUCUUCACACCCUACAACUACCCAAGCAUGUGUUGAUGAAGGAUACCAUGGCUGGAGUUGUGAAAAAGUCUCGAAAUAUUUCAAAAACCGUUACCACCUGGAGCCGAUACAUUGGUGUUCUGACCCAAAGUGGGAGAGGAAAUGCUGCAACUAUUGUGCACAUAAUGCAUUUUGAUUUACCUUAACCAUGGCUGAAAUUACUUGAAUUUGUCUCACAAAGGACAAUCUAUGAUAAAAAAACAUUGAAUUUCAUGUUUAAAUAUUGUUUUGGAACAUUUUGUGUUUGAAUGUUUGUAUUUGAUUAAACCAUUUUGUAUUCGCAAUAUAUAUAGUUAUAAAUUAUUUUUCACAAUUUGUCAUGUGAUGUUUACCAAAGAGCAUUAAAGUUUCUUAGAAAAAUG